AUGUUGGUGACCAAGCCAUCUAUCAUCGAGAAAGGCUCUUUUUAUGUUAUGUGGGGUGAGGCCGCGUUAGGCUGGGUUUCAGCUGCUGAUAUUGGUGCUUUGGCAGCCGCGGUGCUUCGCGUGGGACCCGAGAAGCACGCUGGUGCUGAUUACGGUUUGAGCCCUGAGAUCCUCACCGGCUCACCGGCUGCCGAGAUCAUCACCCAAGCCACUGGAACCAAGAUUGGAUGCAACGUCUAUAAUUCGGAGGCUCUUGAGGCUUACGUCGCGACAACAUCGGAUGCUGGAGCCCGUCUAUAUCUCAAUAGCGCUGUGCAGACGAUGCCUCUUGGCGAAUCUGGGCAAAUGCGUUACCAAGCUACCAAACGUGACGACUUCAAGGUUGUCAUUGGCCGGCCUGCAACAACGCUCGGUCUUGGCACCACUGUUGUAUACCAUUUCGUCAUGAUUGAUGACGGAAUCUGUGUCGAGGACUUUUGUAAGCUGAGUCAAUUCUGCAAAAAGGUCUCUUGGCUAUGCAAUUACCUGCGUAACGCUAGGAACAACUAUGCUGCUCCGGGAGGAAACCGCGACCUCGGGACCCAGCCAAGCACGGCCAACGAGAUCGCAAGGUACAGCCAACGCGUCGACAUUGGAAAGCGACUACUAAAUCCUCAUCACCUUCCACUAUCAAUUCCAGACAUUCCUCACAUCAAAAGAGCAUCCAUCUUGUUCAUUGUCUUCGAUCGCAACAUGAAACAGUAUCUGCUAUCAACAACGGCACUGGCGUACGCGAGUCUUGCCGCAGCUACGGAGUAUUGUUCUCCAGCAGGCAUCCCACUCCUACCACUCCCCGACCUUUCCAUCGCCCCCAAGUUCGAUCCUGAGCCACUGAAGGCUGCACUGGACCGACUGAACAGUGAAGCGAUUCUCUUCAACACGUCUUCCACCUCUUACUCGGUCUCGAUAACCACGACUGAAGAUACAGUUUUUGAGUACCAUUGGACCGCACCAAACGUCAACACCACAGUUGGCGUUAGCGAGGUCAAUGGCGACACAGUCUACCGCAUCUUCUCGGUGACGAAAUUGUUUACCGUCCUUUCCGCGUUGCUUCAGGAGGGAUUGGACAUGGACGAUCUUGUUUCUAAGCAUGUACCGCAGCUUGAAGGGUCGAAAAACUUCGAGAACACGACUUUGCGAAUGCUGGCCAGCCAUCUGUCUGGCGCUCCGCGCGACGGCUUCGCCUUCGACACCUCUCUUCGGGGACCUCCUGAUUUCCUACAGGGCGAACUCGGCUUGCCGGAAAAUGCUACUGUCCCUGAGGGCUUCCCUGUUUGCAAUUCUGUAGAAUUUGGCCUAUGUGCUACUCGAGAGGAAUUUCUCCAAGGAGCGCUCGUCAGCAACUAUGUAUGGCCCGUCGGUCGGACCCCCGCAUACUCAAACUAUGCCUUUAUCAUUCUUGGCUACGCUAUCGAGUCUUUCACAGGCAAAUCGCUUCGAGACGUCAUCACAGACAGCAUCACGGGCCCUUUGGGCUUGAGCUCAGCGACUGGCCUGGACAGUCAGGAUGCAUCACUGAUGGUCAUACCUGGUGAAGUCGAUCACCUCGGUACUCAGGACAUCGGCGAAUUCAACGGAACUGCCGGCAUGUUCGCAACGCCCAACGACCUCGCCCGCUUUGUUCGCGGCCUCCUCAACAAUGAGCUACUCUCGAGCACCGACAUGGCCAAAUGGUUGAAGCCCGCCUCCUUCACCUCCUCCUCCAAAGGCCAAGCUGUCGGCAUGCCCUGGACUGUCUUGCGUCCCACAAGCCUUGGUCUUGAUUCAGGCGAGAGACCCGUCGAUAUAUACACCAUGCCUGGCGGACAGGGAUACUACAACGGCUACUUAGCCAUCAUCCCGGAGUACCAGCUCGGCUACACCGUCAACGUGGCUGGUGUGGGCGACGAUCCGGCGCUGCGAGCCCUGCUCGACCAUCUUGUGCGCUACUCUGUCCCGCAUUUUGACACCGUGGGCCGGGAGCAGGCCAGGGAAAACUAUGCGGGUCGCUAUGGUAGUGGCGAAUCGGUGAUCGAAUUGGUGGUAGAUGAUGGUCCGGGUCUCAAGGUGAAGAGCUGGACUACUGGUGGAAAAGCUGUGUCGGAUGCGUGGGUCGAGUUCUUUGGCUCUGAAACGCUGAACGCGGUUGAUGCGGACGUCAGGAUCUAUCCCAUCGGGGCGGAUAACCGUUGGCGGGUGGCAUUCCGGGGCAUUUCCGAUAUGAACAGUACGGGUAUUUUCGAGGAUGCUUGUUAUACUUGGUUCACUCAUGGGGCGUGGUUACAUGGUGGUCUGUUGGUGGAUGAGAUGGUAAUUAGUCUUGGUGGGGAUGGGGCAGCUACGGCGGUCAAUGUGCCUGGUCUUCGGCAGAAUCUAGCCAGGUCUUGA